CCUCUUUCCUCGAUCUCAAACCCAAAUAACAGUAACUCGCGGCGUUCGAAAUCCUUUCCUUCCAGAAUCCGAAACACAAAAUCAUCAGAGAACCCUAUUUUCUUGCCUAGGGUUUUGGUCUUCGGAUCUCUGAUCCAAGUCAAGGAGAGAUGAAGAUCACCGCUAUCCUCGUUCUCAAGACCACAGGCGGCGCCGGCGUCUCCUCGUCGUCGGGAUCGACGGAUCCGGUGAUCUUGGCGAACGCCUCUGACGUCAGCCACUUCGGAUUUUUCCAGAGGAACGCCGCCAAGGAGUUCAUCGUCUUUGUCGGUCGAACCGUCGCUAAGAGGACGGCUCCUGGUCAACGCCAAUCUGUUCAGCAUGAAGAAUACAAGGUACACUCAUAUAACAGAAAUGGUCUUUGUGCAUUGGCAUUCAUGGAUGAUCAUUAUCCUGUUCGAAGUGCAUUCUCUCUUCUAAACAAGGUGAUAGAUGAGUAUCAAAAGGCUUUCGGGGAAUCUUGGAGAAAAGUGCAGGAAGAUUCUACACAAGCAUGGCCAUAUUUAAACGAAGCUUUAAUGAAAUUCCAGGAUCCAUCAGAGGCUGAUAAGUUGAUGAAAAUUCAGAGGGACCUGGAUGAAACCAAAAUUAUUUUACAUAAAACCAUUGAUAGUGUGCUUGCACGAGGGGAGAAGUUGGAUAGCCUGGUGGAGAAAAGCUCAGAUCUGAGUGCAGCCUCCCAAAUGUUUUACAAGCAGGCAAAGAAAACCAAUCAGUGCUGUACCAUACUGUAAAAACUCCUGAAGGUUCGAGGUUUUCGUGAGGUUCCUUGGCAGGAUAAAAGUGUGUAAAUUGCCUCAAGAAUUUCAGUUCAAAGGGUUGUGUUUCCAUUUCAUCUAUUGGAUUUGUUGUGCAUGCUUAUAAUUUAUAUCUAUUUUACAAGUAACUUAGAACUUGGAAGCUUAUGAUUAACUCAAUGAUUCUCACUUCAAAGGGCCAGGAUGGCCACAGGCACAUCAAUUAUUUUUAUUGCAUGUUCUACAUGAUGAUACUUCUUACUGUUUGAUAAUAUAAUCUUCACUUGACCAGUA